GUGCAAUCUCCUUCUUCUCUGUCAUGCCUAUUCUUUAUCCAUCUAAAAAAUACCCUAGCAGCAGCCAUCGUAGGCCUCCGCCGCCAGCAACAACGGAGCGCCGGCCGCCGGCUCCCUGCUCUCCGCCUCCCUAGAACGCCGGAUCUUGCCACCAUCCCAAACUCGCCGGCUCUCCCCACCCCCAAGGUCUCAUCUCUCCCAUAGCUCCCCUCCAACCCCUGAGUUCCUCGCGUAGGGCACGGAUUGAAACCGGCGUGCGGAGGCGAGGCAUGCCGCCCCUCCUCUGACCAGCCAACCAUGGUGGCGUGGUUCCUCAUGCCGCCCUCCUCCGACCAGCCAAUCAUAGCGGCGUGGUUCGUCUGACUUGCGCAGGGGCUCUUCUCUCCCAUCGGUCGGCGCCUCGACUUCGAAUCCUACAGUCGGCACCUCGACUUCAGCUUGCACAGACCAGCAUCCUCUGUCGCCAGAUCUUAACCACACCGAGUUCCUCCGGCCGUCGUCGUGAACCUCCAAGCAGAUAAGCCAACCUUCAUGUGUAUUUCCCGUUAUAUCUCCACACUCUAUUCCUCGCUGUUCUUUUUUUCAGGAAGAUGGUGGAUUAUUGGCUGUUUCCAGUAUGUAGAUGGGAUGGCAACGGCUCUUCCUUGGUUGAAGGAUGCAAUGCAUCUCGCUGAAUUCCAAGCUGUAUUAUUUUGGGUCUACCUAGAUACCCAAGCAGGGGAGAUAAAGGCUGCAAGUUGGGUGGAAAGCUAGGGAGACAAUUCUCGUUUACAUAGAUGCCUGGAUGCGUUCGAGAUGCAUUGUAGUGUGUAUUCAUAGGUGGUCGUGAAGGGCGACUAAAAGAAGUCCAUCAUCACAUCAAGGUUUUGGAAUUCUGGGUAUCGAAAUCAGAUCAAGAUGCAUCUGCCUGAAUAUAAAAUAUAAGGCAAAAAGGUACAACCCAAGUUCCAUCUUUACAAUUUGGGGAAAAAGAACUCAUACAAUUCCCACGUACUACUGCAUUGACUAUCUCUUCCCAUGGGUUAUCUUUUCUCCAUGGAAACUAAAUCUACCGUGAUCUCUUUCUCUCAAGAAGUCCAUGGAUUUCUUUACCCCAUGAAAACCAAAUCUACCGUUGUUUCUUCCUCUCAAGAAGUCAUUAAUCUCCACUUCCUCUCAAUUCCCAUGGAAAUAAAUUCAUUGUGUAAAAUACAGGCCAUUACCGUCAAAUUGAUAAUCACACAACACGCAGUCGUGUGGGCUGCCCUAGGCCACCGUGUCCUAAAUUGAGGUUCACUGGACGCAUUGCGGCACCAUCAACGGUACAGCUGACCGUCAAACACACAGAUGUGUCGUCAAAGGCGAAGGGUGACCCAACUCUCAAGGGCGCAAGCAGAACAAGAAGAAGCCAUUGGAAUAAUCUGAUCAUUUUCAAGGGUUAUUUGAGACCUGAGAAGAAGAAACAUCCAUUUCUGGACAUCAAGAAACAUAGGCAAAAAAUUCAAUGUGUGCCCAUCGUUGUCCCUGAUCUCUCUAUCUUCUUCUCCGUCCCAGUGCCAGCCACUUUCAAAGUGAAAAGAACCAUGUCUCUACAAAACAAGCAUAUAAGGUGGACCUGCUGUACUACCCGCACAUGGAGUCGUCAACGCCAUCAUCCAGCCUAAUGUGCUGCCUAUCAAGUUCAGGUUCAAAGGAGUCACGUCAAAAAGACGAAGAGCGCUAUGCAUAUGAUUUUCGACUAAUUUUUCUCUUUACCAAUUGUAUACGUUCAUCUAAUUCAUGUUUUUUAACAAAAAGAGGGGCCAUGCAGAUUGAUUCUUUAUAUCGGCUCAAGUCUUAUUACAUAGAAAUUGAUCUUUCUUCUCAAUCAAUCUAUCUAAUGUGGUUGUUGGGCCUGCAGCCAAUAUAAAGAGAAGGAGAAAAAAAACUGUUCCAAAGGAUAUAGCUACACUUCACAGCACUGGGAUUGUGGAUGUUGAUACCAAUUGGAUGUGCUUCUGUGUAGUCCCAAGUCAAGCAAUUUCUCGCUGAUGUGUCAGGCAAAGAUUUUUUUUUCCAAAAGGCAAAGAUUUUUUUUUUCCAAAAGGCAAAGAUUCAUAACUAGCAGUUUAUCAGCUGAUGACUCUUGCUUUGUUGAUUGUUGUGCUUAAUCAAUAUCCUUACAGGUAACUCGCAAGCCACUGUGAUCCAAUAUGAUGUUUGUUCAAUGCAUAACAUAAUUUGUCUAUGUGCAAUGCCCCAUGCUAUAUCCAAUUUUUCUUUCUAUGCUUGCACAUGUCUGAAGUCCAGACCCAGAGUGCUGCUUAUGUUGGCUAUGCAUGCAUGUAAUGCGUGCUGUACAGCUAUUUAAGUAGAGGGUUCACUGUAUACUUUGCACAUGCCAUUUCCAACCUCUUUGGAAGCAUAUAUGUCAACCUGCUACUAAUCCAAACAUUUUAUAUACUUAUUAUAUUACUAUAUUUAUUUAUUUAUUAUUUUGGAACAAUUUCUGGGUAUACGAGGACGUACCAAGUCAGACAGAACUAAUUUGUGAACCCAAGUUAGUUGCACAACCAGACCUGAUUUCUAAUAGACUUCAAGGCUUUAAUAGACACUGAAACAUUUUUCCUCUAAUCAGUGUAGAAGUAUUUGCUCUUGCCGCAAAAAAGGUUGCAUUGCCCUAGAUUAUAUGUGAAAAUUUAGUUAGCUUAUUUGUAUAUCAAUUGUCAUGAAUUAAGCUAUGUAAUAAUCUGAAAAGAAAAUGCAUAGAGACAAGUACAAAGUAAUGUGGAUUCAAACUGCGCUGGUUAUGUAUUAAGAUUAUUACAUCACCAAGAUUGCAUGUAGUAAUUUGAGAUUCAAUUAGUAGUUUGGCCAUUUAGUGUUUCCUAUUAUUAUGUGGGGUAGUAAUUUUCACAUAUGCUUAUACUAUAAUCUCUACACUUUUAAAAUCCUAUAUUAUAUAUAUGUUUUACUGCUACAUUUUCUCUUCUUUUUUGAAUUCUAAAUUCUGAUCGAACCCAAAUGAAAAUCAUUGACAUGAUUAAAAAUAGUGAAUAUUGUGGUUUCCCUUCCGUGGCUAUUAUUUUCUGUUCAGUUCUCAUUGUUUAAUUCUACAACCGAAUGUUUUCACUAUGAAUUCUUCAAUUCCUAUUUCUCAGUUCUUACACUACUGUUGUGUGGUAUUACGUGACAAGAAGUUGCACAUAUUGUAGCAAACACAAACACCAGCGCAUGGGAAUGCACGGGUUCACGACUAAGCUAGGUUUUGGACAGUGUUACGUCCUUCCUAAAUCAUUUUCUCUUCUAAGCGCAUACAGGUAGGAGGUGAAAAUAUCUUCCAAUUUAUCACCGAAUCUCUUUUCUUGCUUAUAGUCCCUCUGUUCCUAUAUAUAAGUCUUAGAGAUUACACUAUAGACUACAUACGGAGUAAAAUGAGUGAACAUAUACUUUAAAAGGCGUCUAUAUACAUCCGAAUGUAGUCUCUAUAGUGGAAUCUCUAAAAAGACUUAUAUUUAGAAACGGAGGAAGUAUAUCGCAUGAAGUAUGCGGGACGCAGUUGUGGCACAUUAGUUUCACCAUAAAAGCAUAUACAACUCAAUGUACAUAUAUACAUGGAGAGUGAAUUUUUUGCUCUUGGGCUAAUAAAAAAAAACCUUUUAUGUUUUAGAAAAACUGCAAAUAAAUACAGGUACUUAUCGUGAAACUACUAAAUACACAGGUACUAUACACAAAAAUGUCGACUAGAUGUGUGUGAAAUAUCAUCACGAAAUAAUUUUUGAUGUGAGCUGUACAAAAAGAAGUCAUGUCGUUUUAUAGUGAAUAGUACAUAUGCUUGAAAUAUGUGAUUUCGUCAUUUUUGCGUAGCUCGCAUAAAAAAGUAUUUCACCAAGAAACUUUGUAGUCAAGUAGUAGACCAUCCAUAUGUAUGUGUGUAGUUUUUUUUACCUAAAAAUUAGUUUUUUCAAAAUUUCAAAUUAAGGCCUCCAUGGAGCUUGAGCUCUAUUAGGAAUUGCCUAUGCAUGUUGUUAUUUUAAUUUUAGUCUUUUUCCCUAGCAAUUCGACAUGUCUCAUUCUUUUUCAUCACCAAUUACAAAUAAAUGAUAGAAGAGAGAAUGUCACAUGAAAUCACUAGAAAAGGUUAUUUUGUGCAUAGCUAAUUAAUUAGAUGGGCAUGUGAAUCCAGAUUAUAUGGGUGUUCAAUUGCUACAUCACUUCUAUCAUUGUAUUCUUACUAUCCUACCGUGAUGACUGGAGAUGGCAGGUUUUUGGGGGAGAUGUCCCAUGACAACACAAUCCAGUGCAUAAUUGAUUUAGCAGCCGGAAAAAGAGUCAAGAUGCAGCGAUGCAGUGUCAAGUGAGCAAUGGCAUGGCAUGAGCAAUUGCGGGGCCAGAUGCGAGCGCCAGUGCUGUUCCACAAUGAACAAGUUAUUCUGCUGUUUAUGAUCAAGGCAUUGUUUGAUAAGGAAAGCCAUUUGCUUCUGAACUAAUCCACGUGGCAAUUUCCAUGGUUCAUCUAAUAUAAUUUUGAAAGCAAUCUGAUACGACCUCAAGUGUGCGUUUGCAUUCGUGUUUUUUUGUGUGUGAAUCGACUUCAAGUGUGUAGCUUUGGUAAGAUAAUCCUUUCCAUGCAUGUCCAGCAUACAUAUAGCCAAUUAGUAAAAUUUUAGUAUUAAUUUAUCCGUCUGCGUGUUAACAACAUUCUUUCUGUGGAAAUCACCAAAGAACUAUAUCAAUUUAGAGAAAGUUGGAUAUUUGCCACUUUCAAUACGUGGCUUCUCAAAAUUGCCACUUCCAAGAUGGGCUUCGCAAAAUUGCCACUUUGCUCAUUGGCUCCUUGAUUACCAUACCACUUCCCUCCUUUUAGUGAUUUUCCUUUUUACUUUUCCAUUCAUAAGCAGGGGAAAAGACCAAACUGCCCCUGAUUCUAUACACGUACGUAGUAUCCACGUUCUAAUUGAUACUAAUUGAUACGAGAGCAGCGCAUCGGCCGCCAAGAAUAUCGUUUGUGUUGCCCCUGAUUCUUCUUGACGGCAGAGUGCCGCAGAUGGCUUAGACCUCGCGUGCCGCCGAUCUUCUCGACAUCCCGUGCCGCCGAUCUCGUCAACGCCGUGUGCCGCCGUUCUCGUCGCCGCGUUCAUGGAUUCUGGACGGCAUGACCCAGAGGUCGCGUUGGGGAGCAGUACUGAGGAUCCAUCGUUACAGGUUGAGGCAACGUCAAUUUCAGAAGUCGAUUGGGAUAACUUGCAAAUAGUGGAGACACAUGAUGAAGAAGGUAGAAUUGAACUACUGAGUGAGGAUCAGUUAUGUGAAAUUUUGGGCUUGCAGGAUGAAGAAGAGAAAAAAGGUAAGAGUGAACCAAAGGGUCGUAGAAUGGUUGAGCAGGGCAGUGACAAUGAUGGUGCUGCCAUUCCUGUUAGUGAUGUCAUACCAAAUGAGGUAGUGAUUACAUAUGAUAAGGACCACCCAAAAAUGGACCUUGGCACAAUGUACCCAUCAAUGAAGGAAUUUAGGUUAGCAGUGAGGCAAUUUGCCAUCAAUGAGGAGUUUGAUAUAGGCACGGAGAAGUCGGAUAAAAAGAGAUUUAGAGGGUUCUGCAAGUCAAGUGAGGAUUGUCCUUGGAGGAUUGUUGGCAGCCUACAGGAUGAUAAAUGUACUGUAAAGGUCACAAUUUUAGUUGAUCAACAUGAUUGUGUUUCAAGCAGCAGAGUGAAGACCAUAACGCCAUCGCAAGACUGGGUAGCUAACAAGGCUGUGAGUAUCCUUAGGAGUUCACCUAAUAUGGGUGCUAAAGAAUUACAGAAAAAGUUGCAAGAACAAUACAAAGUCACAAUUCUAUAUGACACGGUCUGGAGGGGGAAAGAAAAAGCUCUUGCAGAGGUUUAUGGUAAAUGGGAAGAGAGUUUUGAGAUGUUAUAUAAAUGGAAGGCUGAGGUACUGAAGAGGUCACCUGGAAGUGUUGUGGAGAUUGAAGUACUGGAAAUAGAUGGUAAUGUGUAUUUUCAUCGGUUUUUUUGUGCACUUAAACCAUGCAUUGAUGGCUUUUUGGAAGGAUGUAGGCCACAUCUGAGUAUAGAUUCUACUGCAUUGAAUGGAAGGUGGAAUGGCCAUUUAGCCUCAGCUACGGCAGUUGAUGGUCACAAUUGGAUGUAUCCACUUGCUUUUGGGUUCAUUGCAUCUGAGACAGAAGACAAUUGGACAUGGUUUAUGAAUCAACUUAAGAUGGCAAUAGGAGAUCCUCCACUGCUUGCAGUGUGCACAGAUGCUUGCAAAGGCUUGGAGAAUGCGGUGAAGAAUGUGUUUCCCAAUGCUGAACAAAGGGAAUGUUUUUACCAUCUUACGAAGAAUUUUUCAAAAAGGUUCCAUGGCUUUGGAAGGAUGUACCCUGCAGCAAGGGCUUAUAGGGAAGAUGUGUUCACUGAACAUAUGGCAGCAAUCAUUAAACAAUCAGAUGAGGUAUGGAAAUGGUUGAGUCAGUACCACACUCUGAAGUGGAUGAGGUGUGUCUUCAAUCCAGAUAUCAAGUGUGACUAUAUCACUAAUAAUGUAGCAGAGGUUUUUAACAACUGGAUCCGAGACAUUAAGGAUUUACCUGUUGCUGAACUAGCUGAUAAGAUUAGAGAGAUGAUCAUGCUUUUGUGGAGGAAGAGGAGAAGGAUUGGAGAAAGGCUACCACCUGGACGGAUACUACCGGCAAUUAUGGUUCAGUUGAGAGCAAAUACUAGAGGUUUGGGGCACUUAAAAGUAGUGGAAUCUGCUAAUUGGAGUGCAGAGGUGUGGGAUAAUAGCAAGAACUGUGAAAGGCAUGUCGUGAAGCUAAAUCAGCAGACGUGUACUUGUCUUGAAUGGCAGCACACUGGUAAGCCAUGUCAACAUGUCUUGGCCUUUGUGACAUCCCAAGAGAGAGUAAACCUUGAACAAUUUGUGCAUGAGUACUACUCGGUGGACAGAUUCAAGGCUGCUUAUGGGAGAGAGAUUGAGCCAAUGACAGAUAAAUCACAAUGGCCACGUGUGGAGCUACCAUUUGUUGUGGGGGCACCACUUGCGAAAAGAAAUAAAGGAAGACAAAGGAAAUUGAGGAUCAAAGGAUGUCUUGAAGGUGGCCACAAGAAAAAAGGUGCCAAUGAUGCUCCCAAGGAUGAUAGCCUGCUCCCACCAAUUCUAAGGGAAAGAAAAUGAUUAGAGGGCCAGUGACUUGCAAGAAAUGUGGCGAAAAGGGUCAUAGGCAAGCUAGUUACAAGUGUCCACUCAAUGGAACCAAAAAAAGGAAGAGGAAGCCUAGAAAGAACAGUACAAAAGCUAGGCCAGCUGAACCUAGCACCCCACAAAGACCUACUAGAGAACAAAUAUUGCAGGACAGUCCAAGCAUGGUCACUAGAAGCCGCCUUGCUAUCUUGUUGGGAGAGGGUAGUUCUUCACGAACCACUAGAACUACCCCAGAGAGGAUGCCAACAGCAGCUCCACCAAAGAAGAUGACCCCAAGGAGGAUGCCAACAGCAGCUCCACCGAAGAAGAUUACUCCAAAGAGGAAGCUACCAGUUGGAUGAAUGAUCUAUUUGAGAUGGCAUUAUGUAAUAUGUGAACAAGUACUUUCAAUAUGCUUGUUAUGAAGAAGUGAACUCACUAGUAGUUCUACUCAGUGUGUUGCUUAUGUGAGAUAUGAACUCACAAUUUCAGUGAGCUUGGAACUCAAAAUUUAAGUGAGUCGUGAGAUGCAACAAACUAUGCCCAGUUUAUGUCUCA